AUGAGUCUCAACAAUGGUGGACAGCUCUUUGAGCCCGGCCUCCCCUUCCAUUCCCGCUACCUUCGCUCCCGGAUCCCUCUGGUCCCGGUCCCCUUGAAGCCCCAUACCUCCUUCCCGGUUACGCGAGCCCCCCCGCCUUCUUUAGACCCCCCCAGUCCAGCCCUAUCACUUUUACCUCUACCAAGCCCUCCCAGCCAAUCCGCUGGCUCUUCUUCGAUCGCCCCAACCCCACCUACCCUCGCCCUCUCAGUUCCCGGGGGCCCUCACUCUUCCCAUCUCUUUAUCUCAAAUCACUCUAAGGGUUGCAGGGCGCUUCGGCUCUCCUCCCAGCGCUCUCACUUUUCCUCCGCGGGCCCCGUGCUCUGCCAGCCCGCGCCUUCGCGUCUCCCCCCACACACCUGCCUCCCCUCGCACCCCUCCGGCCCCUCCACCUGCUACAGUCCCCGCUCCCGCGCGACGGAGGGAGCCGGGCCCCACGCGGCUUACCUGUGCGGGGCGCUCCGGGUCCGCCGGUGGGGGUGGCGGCGACUACUCAGGCCCCGGCGGAGCAGCUGCGUCUCGGACUCCUCCGCAGCCGGGGGCCACAGCCGGGGCGGGGCCCGCACCGGAAGCGGCGCCGCGGGGCCGCAGCCGCGAGCCCGGGGCGGGGUGGGGGCGGGGCCACAUUGGACAGGGGCGGGGCCUAAGGCCGGAAGCGGCCAAAAAGGGACCGAGGGGCGGGGUCAAGCGGAAGUGACUUCUAGGGACGGCCCCGCCCGAUCGAGUCGUUGGCGGAAGCGGACUGACGCUGGCGGAAGUUUCCGCCAAUGGGAAAGCGCGGACAUCGCGGGGUUCCGGUGCGAGGACUUCCGCGCGGAGUUGGAAAGAGCCGGUGGGCGUCCACUCUUAGCCUUUUUUCUAGUUGCGGGGUUUGGUGUGGCGCAGCGUCCGGUUGGGAGGAAGAGGACCAGUUGAAAGAACGUGAGCGUGAGAGUGUCUAACAAAAGACCAGAAACAGC